UGACUUGAACCCUCACACUUUACCAAAUCCCCAUCCGAUUCCACCACGAUAAACCCCCCAAACCGAGGUCGGACCCCGCUCUACUAGCUAUGAAUCGGACCUCCGGCUGUGGAGGAUCUAAGAUUCAGCGGAUUUGAGAUCUGAUAGGUUCCGACGCGCGGAUCCGCAGGAGACGCCGCCAGUUUGCAGGGUUUGCUGGCUCCUCGGCGACGCGGAAGGUCAUGGCGUACCGCGCCUUCGACGGCAGCGGGACUGAUGAUGUACUCCCUUCAACAUAUCAAAUUAGUGGACAAAGAGUGCAUUUCAGUGGGAACGGAAGGUCAUUAGCAGGGACACUUUCUCAGCCAAGGCAGCCAAGGCUGCACAGCAAGUUGGAUAGUGAUAUACAUCAGAUCGAACAACAAGCAUAUACUGGUGUUCUCAGAGCAUUCAAAAUGCAAUCAGAUGCCCUAACUUGGGAGAAAGAAAGUCUGAUCACUGAACUAAGAAGAGAAUUGAAAGUCUCUGAUGAGGAACACAGAGUGCUAUUAAACAAGGUCAAUGAAGAGGAAGCUGUCCAUAGAAUAAGGCAGUCAAGGCAGGGAGGUGGAAUGCAAUCUAGCUUGCAUCAUGACAGUGUAGUUGCUCACAGUCUUGGACCUCUGAAGAGGCAGAAGAAAUCGCAUUCCGUCUAUUCAUUCCCUGUGGGUCCCCAAUCGCCUAUCACGCCUUCACAUGCACUGGCGGGCAACAAUGCAGAUACAAUGGCACCUGAAAACAUAAGAUGGGGCUCUGCCUAUCAAGCCCUUCCAAAUCAAGUUGGUUGGUUGGCAUCUGAUGGUGCUAUGCCAGGCAUGGGCAGAAGAGGAAGGUUUCACGAGACACCCAAUGGCAUCAGCCUUUUCAACUUCAAUCAUAUUGAUGUACCUAAUACUGGUAUUCUUGUGAAGAAGGUCGAGAUGGUAUUAUCCCAUCCAGAUGUGUAUGCAAUUCAGAAGGCAAAAAAAUUGCUUAUAGACCAAGAGCAGUCAUUGCUUGAUGCAAUUGCAAAACUUGAUGAAGCAUCUGAUGGUGAAAGUGAUGAUAUUGGGCUCGUUGAAGGACAGAUAGGUGUAGUUGGGUGACAUGGGUGUUGAAGUUAUCAGAACUUCACAUUACAAGCAGCAACUGGAUAUUUUGGAGCUCCCAGUUCAGACUGCUAGUUUGCAACUUAUUGGUAUGGUAGGUUAGGUUCUUUCGCACUAGGGCAACUCUGCACAUGCUCUGUGAUGGGAAUAUGCAUCUUCAACACCAUGGUGUGAUGAUCUUUCAUCUGUAAUCGAGUGUAGUAGCUAUAUAUGCUUGUCCUUCAGAACUGAGGAUUCAGUAGUUGUAGUCUUUGUAGAUUCGUUCUCCUUGGCCAUCUGGCAGGCCUUGCUCUGCUACUAUACUAUCUAUUUAUCUAGGGAUGUUAGACUUGUUUUCGUUGAGCUAUUUUCUUCCAAUUCUAGACUAAAAGAAUAGUUUGGAUGCU